UUCAUUCUUUUGUGUUUGCACAACAGUUACGUGGUGUUUUUCGAUUUUCAUUUAAUUUUGGACAUUUUCUAAACAUCACCACCAAGCUUAAUUAAAAGUAGUCAUUAUAGAAUUAUUUCAUAAAAAUGCCGUGCCAGAUUUACUUCGAGGACACCGUCGUAACGGAUAUCAACAAUGUCCAAGAUGUGGCGUCAUUGAAGUGCAAUAUUUCUCAAAAAUAUGAUAUUCCAAGUGAAGAUUUAUUCGUGACUAUCAAUGGGAAGGCUGCUUCAAGUGAUUCCACGUUAGAAAACAUUGAUAAUGUGGUCAGAGUUUUCACAAAACUCGUCGGAGGAAAAGGUGGUUUUGGGUCAAUGUUACGUGCCAUCGGGGCCCAAAUUGAGAAAACCACAAAUCGUGAAGCUUGUCGUGAUCUAUCAGGGCGUCGUUUGAGAGAUAUUAACGAAGAAAAACGUCUCAGGAAGUGGUUGGAAGGACAGGAAGAGAGAGAACGAGAAGCGGCCGAGCGAAAGCAAAAGAAAUUAGAGCGGCUCAUAGCCGAGCCUAAGAUUGACGUGAAUUUGCAUCCUAGUUACGAACGCGAACGUCAGGAGCUACCAGAGCGUGUAAGCGCGGCUUUAGAUGCUGGCUGGCAAGCGGCAGGGUCAUCAAAUGAGACUGGCCAGAAAAGAAAGCUUGUAGAAGAAAAAACUAAGGCCAAAAAGAAGAAGCUAUGGAUCGACGCAGAGUUGUCAGACUGUUCUUCGUUAAGUGAAGAUGAGGAAGAAGAGGAAAGGAAAAUCCCUGCACAGGUUGUGUCUACCGACAGUGGGAAUGAGUCGGACAAGGUCUCGGAAAACAGUAAAGUGUAGAGAUUUAACUGUGUAGCAGUGGUUAGGUGUCAAAAUACUCAUAAAGGAUUUGGCUAUACUAAAAGUACUCAAUAAGCUGAAAAUUAGGAAUGCUCGUGGGAAUUAAGUUCUACGGACAGUCUGCCACUGUUGUAUAUUGAUAUUUGUAACAUUUAAUUAAGUUGAUACGUAUUUGAGAUUGUGGCUAUUGGACUACUUUUG